UCUAAUAUAUAGUAUAUUGUAACGGUCAUCCGUAUGGUCACACUGUUUUCAGGUUCUUGCGUUUGUUUGGCUUUUUCAUCCGAUCUUGAAUUUUGGAAAUAAUAGAGAUGGGUCGCAACAAGGCAAACACCAAGAAGGUGGCUCCUGGGGCCGCCAAGCCAAAGUCUCCUCUGAACAAGUCCAAGAAAGCCAAGAAUGUGUUCAAAGUGGGCGACGGUAACAAGGGCAAGGGCAAGAAGCCCAAGGAAGUGCAGGGCAAGCUCAAGCAGAUCAAGGAAUCUGUCAAAGCCAAGCAGGAGAAGGUAGACGCCAGCCUGAAGACUCUGCACAAGGAUCUGGUGGUAAAGAAGCCAAAGGCCCCAGUGGCACCCAUCAAGAACAACAAGAAGAAGGGCGCCAAUGCUCAGAAAGUCUCUGACACUCUAGGCAAACUCAAGUUCUAAGCAACUUCGGCGGAUACCACGUUUUACGUAUUGCAUAUAGAUGUAGUUAGUCCCCAUUAUUUGUUGAAGACUUUGGUCGUAUGUUGCCAGCAUUGGCAAAUUAUUAUACAAAAUAUACGAUGGCUAUUCGGACAGUGAUGGGAAGUGCUCAGCUAGGUAGAGAUUAUGUAGCCAAAUACCUCUUGA